AUGGGUCGCUCUCAGGAGCUCAGGGAAUUCAAGCAUGGUACCGUGAUAGGUUGCCACUUGUGCAAUAAGUCCAUCCAUGAAAUUUUCUUGCUACUAAAUAUUCAACAGUCAACUGUUAAUGGUAUUAUAACAAAGUGGAAGCAACUGGGAACAGCAACUCAGCCACAAAGGGGUAGGCCACGUCAAAUGACAGAGUGGGUAGGGUUCCAGUUCCAGUGAAGAGAACUCUUAAGGCAUCAGCAUACCAAGACAUUGUGGACAAUUUCAUGCUCCCAACUUUGUGGGAACAGUUUGGGGAUGGCCCUUUC